AUGGUCAAGUUCUUGGUCAUCGACGCACCGAAACCCUCUUACAACAUGAUCUUUGGGAGACCGGCGCUGAACUCUUUUAAAGCAAUCAUCUCUACUCUUUACUUGAAGAUGAAGUUCCCCUUGGAAGGAGGCAAAAUUGGUGAAGUGUGGGGAGACCAGGCUGUGUCGAAGAAAUGCCAUGUACAAGUGUUAACUCAAUACUCCGGACAAAAAUGGGAAAGGUCAGUACACCAAGUAGAGGCAAGCAAGAAGGGAAAAAUUGGAGUGAUCACGGCUUCAGAGCCCGAGCGGAGAGAGAUCGCAGAGCUGCAAGGGAGAAAUGAUAAAAUACCCCUCGUCACUACCAAUGAUACGUGCAUGGUUAUUGAGCUUUUCAAGGAUAAGGAGGGAUUUACUACCAAAAUCGGGGCACAUAUGGAGCCAGAAUUGCAAAGAAAGGUAAUAGCUUGCCUGCGCAGAAACGCUGACGUAUUCGCGUUCUCUACGGCGGACCUGAAAGGAAUCGACAGAGAACUAGCCGAGCAUCGUUUGAACGUGGAUCCCACGAUCAAGCCAGUCAAGCAAAAGACGAGACACUUCGGUACUGAAAAGGAUACUGCUAUUCGAGAGCAGAUACAGGCGUUGUUAGAAGCGGGACAUAUCAUAGAAGUGCAAUACCUGGACUGGGUGUCAAACGCUGUUAUGGUGGAAAAGAAGGCUAAGACUUGGAGGAUGUGUGUGGACUACUGGGACCUCAAUGCAGCCUGUCCAAAGGAUUGUUACCCAUUGCCACGGAUUGAUCAGUUAGUAGACGCAACGUCAGGAUGCGAACUUUUGUCAAUGAUGGAUGCUUACCAAGGAUACCAUCAGGUUAAGAUGUACAGGAACGAUGUUAUUAAAACAGCAUUCGCAGUCUGCGUAGGGAUCUUCGCAUAUGUGAGUAUGCCAUUUGGACUAAAAAACGCUGGGGCUACUUACCAGAGAAUGAUGGACAGAAUCUUCAAAGAUCAAUUGAAAGAGAAUGUGUCGGUCUAUGUAGAUGACAUGCUGGUACGCAGCACUGAAGCGCGCACACAUGCGGACGACUUGGAGGAAAUCUUCUCGGUGAUACGAAGACAUAAGCUCAUGCUCAAUCCGGCUAAAUGUACUUUCAGGGUGCAGUCGGGAAAAUUCCUGGGAUACAAGGUUACGCGUGAGGGGAUAGAAGUAAAUGCAGACAAAGUUAGAGCUAUUAUUGACAUGACAGCGCCGCGGAACAUCAAAGAGAUACAAAUACUGAACGGACGAAUAACUGCACUAAGUCGGUUCAUAUCAAGGUCAGCAGAAAGAAGUCUGCCCUUCUUCAAAAUUUUGAGAAAGGAAAGUCGAUUCGAGUGGAGUAGCGAGUGCCAGCAAGCCUUCGAGGACCUCAAGGAAUAUCUCAAAGGACUACCCAUCUUGACCAAACCGAUACCGGGGGAGCCACUAUAUCUAUACACUUCGGUGGGGGUAGAAUCUUUGAGCGCUGUGCUAGUACGGGAGGAAGGGGGUACGCAGAAGCCAGUUUAUUUCGUGAGCAAAAUCAUCCAAGGAGCGGAGAUCAGAUACACCGCAGUGGAGAAAACAGCUUAUGCUAUCAUGAUCACGGCAAGAAAGUUGCGCCCAUACUUUUUGUCACACAAAGUUAUCGUCAGAACAGCGCUGCCUUUUCAACAAAUCCUGGGGAGGCCAGACCUCGCAGGAAGAAUGGUAAAAUGGGCCAUUGAGCUGGGCGAAUAUGACGUGGCGUUCGAACCGCGUACAACCAUUAAAUCACAGGCCCUAGCUGACUUCAUUCAAGAGACCACGAGAUGGCCGUUGCGAGGACCAUGGACGGCGCAGGUCGACGGUUCCGUCACCAAAGAGGGGUGCGGAGCCGGAAUAUACAUUGAAUCGCCAGAGGAUGGAACCUACCAGUUUGCGAUCAAGUUUGAGGACAAGCUGUCAAAUAACGAGGCAGAAUAUGAGGCAGUGAUAAGGGCUGCCCAUAUCUUGAAGGAGCUCAGAGCAGACACAGCAAUAAUCAAGACCGAUUCGCAACUGGUAGCCCAGCAGUUGAGAGGCGAAUGUGAGGUUCGCGAUGACAGAAUGAGAGCUUAUUAUGAUCGGAUGCAGCAACUCAAGGAAAAGUUUGAAGAACUGAAAAUAGUACAAGUAUCCCGGGAAGAAAAUCGAAGGGCUGACUUGCUAGCAAGGAUGGCCAGCGCCGUUGAACAAUCAUGGAAUGACGAAAUCACACUCUUGUUUGAACCAAAGAAGAGCCCAGGGAUUCAAGUCUGCGCCGUCGAAGUGGGGGAUGAUUGGCGAGCCCCAAUUAUUCAUUUCUUACGUACGGGAGAAAGAAUGGAGGGAGACACAGCAAAAUACGCUAGAUAUGAAAAUUUUUGUUUGAUCAGCAACCAGCUUUAUAAGAGAUCUUUCACAAACCCAUUCCUUAAAUGUUUAUCAUCGGAGGAGGCAGAAUUCGCUCUAAAGGAAAUCCAUCAGGGAUGCUGUGGAAACCAUGCAGGAUACAAAGACCUGACCAGAAAAAUCAUCAGAGCAGGCUUUUACUGGCCUGGCAUCGACAGGGAUACCAAAGCUUAUGUAAAGAAGUGCGAAUCUUGCCAAAGACAUGCGCCAAGAAUUAACGUCCCGGGGGAAGAAAUGGGGGUGAUGUACUCGGCAUAUCCUUUCGACAAAUGGGGAAUUGAUAUCGUGGGUCAAUUGCCAACGGCGCCGAGAGGAAAAUGUUUCUUGAUAGUGGCAGUAGACUAUUUCUCGAAAUGGGUGGAGGCAGAGGCUGUAACAAGGGUGGAUGAGGCCACCGUCGAAAAGUUCAUCUGGAAAAACAUCUGUUGCAGAUAUGGGGUGCCCAGAGUUCUAAUAUCAGAUAAUGGAGCACAGUUCACUAGUCAAAGAAUCGAGGAUUUUUGUUCAAGGAUGGACAUCGAGCAGAGAUUCGUCUCAGUAGCCCAUCUCCAAGCCAAUGGUCAAGUCGAGCUGGCUAACCGCACUAUCUCAGAGGUAAGGUUAGAAUCACAUCGAAUUUGUACAUAUGAUCCGGCGCAGAAUGAAGAACUGCGCAGGCUUGAGCUGGACCUCAUAGAUCUAAAGCGAGAAGAAGCCCAGGUCAAGGCUGCCAAGUACAAAAGCAUCAUUAAAGCAGGGUAUGAUAAGAAGGUCAAGCAGCGCCGAUUCCAGAAGGGCGAUCUGGUACUCAAGCGCGCGGAUGCUCUGAAAGCUACUGGGAAAUUUGAAGCUAACUGGGAAGGACCAUAUAUCAUCACCGAAGUCUUAAAAGGCGGAGCCUAUCAUCUGUCUGAUCAAGAGGGGAGAGCUCUCGAGAGGCUGUGGAACAUCAAUCACCUCAAGAAAUUCUAUGUGUGA